CCAAGUAGGCUUCAUGAUGUGGUGGAAGAAGCUAGGCGUUGCCUUGCUGCUAGUGGUAGCCAGCAGCCAGUACGUGCAAUCGCAACAGGCGAAGGUUCUGUGUUACUACGAUGCAGCCAACUUCCUGAUCGAAGGAUUGGGAAAAGUAUCGCUCGCUGACAUUGAUACCGCUCUGCCGUUCUGUACUCAUCUCGUGUACGGUUAUGCCGGAAUCGAUGUCGAAACCAACAAAGCGGUUAGCCGUCAACCGAACCUAGAUUUGGACACGGGCAAGGGUAACUACCGUACGGUGACGCAGCUGAAGAGCAAAUAUCCUUCACUGAAGGUACUGCUCGGACUCGGCGGUUACAAGUUCUCCGAGCCUUCGAUCAAGUACCUUACGCUGCUUGAGUCGGGCGCGGCCCGCAUUACCUUCAUCAACUCCGUGUACUCGUUGCUGAAGACGUACGGGUUCGAUGGGGUUGAUCUGGAAUGGCAGUUCCCGGUGAACAAACCGAAGAAGGUUCGCUCGACGCUCGGUGGUGUGUGGCAUGGAUUCAAGAAAGUUUUCAGCGGUGACAGCGUACUGGAUGAGAAGGCCGACGAACAUCGGGAAGAGUUUACGGCGCUGCUGCGUGAGCUGAAGAACGCGUUCCGAUCGGAUGGAUAUCUGCUGGGUAUUACUGUGCUGCCGCACGUCAACUCGUCGAUCUUCAUGGACAUUCCGGCCAUUGUUAACUAUCUGGACUUUGUAAACAUUGCUGCGUACGAUCAGCAAACUCCACUGCGCAACAAGAAAGAAGCGGAUCAUGCCGCACCUCUGUAUGAGCUAACCGAUCGUGUUCCUGGCAACAAUGUGGAUGGACAGGUCCGUCAGUGGCUCCAGAACAAUUGCCCACCAGCAAAGGUGAUCGUUACCAUCCCCACGUUCGGUCGUGGCUGGAAGAUGACCGGCGAUUCGGGUAUUACUGGCGUUCCACCACUACCCGCCGAUGGUCCCUCCAACCCGGGCGCCCAGACCCAAACUGAAGGCUUCUACAGCUGGGCUGAAGUAUGUGCCAUGCUACCAAACCCAAGCAAUACCGCUCUGAAGGGUGCCGAGGCUCCACUGCGCAAGGUUGGCGAUCCUACCAAGCGUUUUGGAUCGUACGCGUUCCGUCUACCGGAUAGCAACGGUGAGCACGGUGUAUGGGUAUCGUACGAGGAUCCCGACACGGCCGGAAACAAGGCCGGAUACGUGAAGGCCAAGAAUCUGGGUGGCAUCGCUAUCAACGAUCUGUCGUACGAUGAUUUCCGUGGUAGCUGUGCUGGUGAAAAGUUCCCGAUUCUGCGUGCGGCCAAGUACCGGCUGUAGAGUGGGACUGAUGAGUUGAUUCAGGCAAUCGACGCUUUCGU